AUGGAUUACAAUGUUGAACUAAUUGGUGAUUACACGGACAAUUUUCUCAAUGGCGUCCGAUACGACAAUUUCGAAGAUGUUGUAACAGUUACCAAAAACAUCGCGAUGUCUCUUGGUUUCUUUCUAACUAAGGGAUCGAUGAAGCCACGUGAGUUGAGCAACAAAAGAUUAUUGGGUAUCUGUUAUAUGUAUUGCGACAGAUGCAGUAGGGAGAGGAAGUCAUACAAGCCGGAUCCUUCCAAGGAGAGUCGUGGCAAUACAAGUUCAAAAGGAUCGGGGUGCAUGUUCAGGAUUAAAAUCAAAGAACUACUGGUUAAUCCAGAUGCUCUUGAUGGACCUUAA